UGCCACAGUGGAUACUGACUGCACCAUUCAGAUGAAGACAGUCUUGCUGAGCAGCAGUGUCACAGAGUAGAAGUCUUUCCAGCAAUGCAAAACGACAUUUUUCAGGUUCCAAAAUCACCACUCUGCGCAGCAGGAGAAGCAUCCCGACCAACUUUUCACCAUGGUUGUCCCAAAAUCACCAGAUAAGACCUUGUCCCAAAGCAGCCAUUUGGGAACACAUGGCAUCCAGCACUACGGCUCAGUCCAAUCCUUAUCCCAGCUCUCUGGAAGCCAUUGUGACUCUCAUGGAAGUUUAUCUCCAGUCAGUGAUGGUUGGGAGGGCGAAUCUCAGGACUGCAGUGAGUCCGACCCUCUGCUCUCUGGUGAGCUUCCGAAUGUGUCCAGAUUCAGCAGAACCCUGAGAGCAAAGGAUGCACAAGUUUCAAGUGGACCCACAGAAUCGGUGUGCUCCAUGGUGUUACAGAUUCUGGUGCCCUUUGUGCUGGCCGGACUCGGGACGGUUUCUGCUGGGAUGCUGCUUGAUGUUGUGCAGAGCUGGGAUGUUUUCCAGGAGAUCUCUGAGAUCUUCAUUCUGGUUCCAGCUAUUUUAGGACUGAAAGGGAAUCUGGAAAUGACUAUGGCAUCGAGACUGUCCACUGCUGUAAAUGCUGGGAAAAUUGAUUCUAGCAGAGAAAGGUGGAUGCUGAUUCUUGGAAACCUUGCACUUAAACAGUUCCAAGCCACAGUUUUGGGUCUGUUGGCUUCUCUUAUAGUGACUCUGCUGGGUUGGAUGGCAGACGGACAGAUGCCCUUCAGCCAUAUUGUACUCCUCUGUUCAACUAGCCUUUCUACUGCCUUUUUGGCAUCACUACUACAAGGCAUUGUUGUUGUGGGAGUGAUCUUUGGCUCCAAGCGGAUGGGGAUCAAUCCUGAUAAUGUGGCCACGCCCAUAGCAGCCAGUUUUGGCGAUCUUAUUACGCUUUCUUUGUUGGCGUGCUUUAGUCAGUGGUUCUACUCCUUUAUGGAGUUUUAUCCAUAUGUGUUGUACCUGGUGGAUCUUCUGUAUUUGUGUCUGAUCCCUGUCUGGAUGGUGAUCUCCUCCAAACAUCCAGCCAGUCACAUCCUGCUCCAUUCAGGCUGGGAACCAAUAAUUACAGCCAUGGUCAUCAGCAGUAUUGGAGGGCUUAUUCUGGACAAGACUAUGUCAGAUCCAAACUUGAUGGGAAUUGUAGUUUAUGCACCGGUAAUAAAUGGUGUGGGCGGGAACCUGGUGUCCGUACAAGCCAGUCGGAUUUCAACUCAUCUGCAUUUGAAUUAUUCUCCUGGAGAGCUUCCUGUGGGCUCCAGAAGCUGUAUCAACCCCUUUCAAAUCUUCUUUGGCUCAGGUGCACACCACCGAUCUGCUCAGGUUCUGCUCCUUUUGGUUCUUCCUGGUCAGCUGAUUUUUGUACACAUUAUUCAUGUGAUAAAAGGAGGCCUUACGAUGCCCAGUCUUCUCUUCUCUGUAUUAUUCCUGUCUGCUUCUUUGACACAAGUCUUCUUCCUGCUUAUUGUUGCUGACUGCCUGGUCCACUGUCUGUGGAGGAGGGGCAAAGACCCAGACAGUUACUCCAUACCCUACCUUACAGCCCUGGGAGAUCUUCUGGGAACUGCUUUCCUCUCCCUUGCUUUUCUCUUGCUGUGGUGCAUUGGAGACUCAUGAAGUGUAUAGAUUAAAGAUAGUAACCAAGCAAUGACAUAAAACAGCAAAAUCAUCGUUCAUAAUGGCAAAGCAGAAAAUAUGAGGAAAAGAGAAGAGUGUGUUUUUUUUC